CCCACCUUUUAAAUUCGUACCACAGCCAUUUGGAACUGGUGGAGGGAAAAGACUGCAGGAUUCUGACCGAAGGAGAAGUUCCUCUCUUGUCCAGCGAGACUCAUCCGCAGCUCCGUAGCCUGUUUUGAUGGAGGAACGGUGCCCGAGGUCAACAGGCCCACAAGCUGGCCCUUUGAGAAAAGAGCGCAGGACCUUAAGGGUGAAGAUGGUGCUUCUGGGAAGCUCUGGGGUUGGGAAGUCCAGCCUGGCCUUGCGAUUUAGCAGGGAUGUGUUCAGGAACAAGUCACCCACUGUAGGUUGCGCCUAUAUGACCCGUUCGGUGUAUCUGGGUGAUGUCACUCUCCGCUUUGAGAUAUGGGACACAGCAGGCCAGGAGGAGUACCACAGUGUCACCCCGCUGUACUACAGAGGAGCCCACGCUGCGCUGGUGGUCUAUGAUGUCAGCAAAUUGGAGUCCUUCAUCAGGGCCCAGCUGUGGCUCCAGGAGCUUGAGAAGCACUACAUCCCCGGGUCCACGGUGAUAGGCCUGGUGGGGAACAAGGAGGAUCUUUCUCAGAAGCGGCAAGUCUCAACAGAGGAAGGGCGCCGUCUCGCUGUUAACAAGGGCCUGUUUUUCACCGAGGCGUCAGCCCUGUCAGGGCAUCAAGUCAACGAGUUGCUGCUUGCCAUAGCCAACAGAAUAAAGGAGACUGUUGACGAGCAGCAGGGAGGUCUGACAGAGUGGAGGGAGACGUCUCUUCUGGACCUGCAUCAAAACGGUUCCUUCAAACCCUCCUCAUCCUGCUGCCCCAGAGUUAGACCAUGAGCUCUUGCUCUCUCUCUCUCGCUCUCUCUCUCUCUCUCUCUCUCUCUCUCUCUCUCUCUCUCUCUCUCUCUCUCUCUCUCUCUCUCUCUUUCAUAUUUUUAAUGUUUGUUAUAUCACCGUAUCUUAUCCCGUUUUUUCUCCUAUCUGUUUGUCCCAUUUGUCUGUCCAUCUGCCCAUUGUUCU